AUUUGUCAGUUGCGCGGAACGGAACAAGUUUUCAAUACAGACUGUGAUCACUGGACCCCCCGGGAUGUUAAGGAAUUACGACGUUGGGCAUAUGCCUACAAGAAUGCCUCAAUCCUUGGUGAGCAAAAGAAGAUCUGGGAGGAUCAUGGAGUUCGAUGGUCUUCCCUUUGGAUGUUGGAAUAUUGGGACCCCACAAGAAUGCUUGUAAUUGAUUCUAUGCACUGUAUUCUCGAAGGUCUCAUACAAUAUCACUGCCGACAUGUACUCCGUUUAGAUGGAUCCUGUGCCAAAAUCAGCUCCGAUGGCUUCAAGUAUGCUUUCGACUGGCCUUGGAUUCCAUAUGACGAUGAUCUUGUUCCGGGUGGGUGCAACAAGUUGUCCGAGAAACAUAUUCCCCGUGUGGCAAACAUCCAUCAAACGUUAUGUUUGGCUCUUGAAGGGGAGAAAGCUAUCACUCUAGAAGGAAUGUGGACACGUUUAGAAAAUAGUGCCCCUCGUGAUGCCUUACACUUUGUUGCACAUACUCUUUCACUGCCGACACAUCUAAAUGAUAUCAACGAACAGAUAUCUUCAAUUUAUAAUAAACGUUCACGAAAACGCUCUGCCGACAAAAACUCUCGUCAACUCAUCUUCCCUUUCACCAAAUCAGCAACCCAAAAAAAUCACUUUAUCGCCUUGUUACUGAACUGGAGAUUACAACAACCCUUCAGCUCUGACAUUUAUAUUCUUCCAACUGGAACGGCGGAAACUCUCGCUCAUAUUCGGCACGUCAUACAAGAGACUAUAACGCCAUCCUGGCUUAAUUCAGUUCCUAAGAACUAUGGGGACGCAAAGGCCGGGUCAAUCAAAGCUGAUGAAUGGUGCACUCUCAGCACAGUGUAUCUUCCAGUUGCUUUGAUCACACUCUGGGGCGAUGAUAAUGGCUGUGCCCCUACAGCUAGUGACGCUAAAUCUGCUUUGUUAGUGAAAGCUCUCAACCAUACAAUGGCAUUGUUUCAAGCA